AUGGACACCGGCGAGCCGACGGGUACAGCGGCAGCGGCGGCGGGAGGAGAGAAGCGGGCGAUGCUGCUGAGGCAGAUCACCGAGGAGGGAGGCUUCGCCUUCGUGGCCUCCGCGGAGAAGGCGGCCGCGGGGGACCUGCGCGCGGCGGAGGCGGCGCGGGAGAUGGCCUGGGAGCAGCUGCACUCGGGGCCGUGGAGCGAGGUGGAGCCUGCGUGGCGGCACGCCUACGCGCUCGCUUGUCUCCACGUCGCGAGUCUCCGCGCCGGUGACGACCGCCGCGCGGCGCUCCGAGCGCUCGACAUGGGCCUCAUCAUGGGUGGCGACCUCCUCCGCGCAGAGCUCGAAGCAGCCAUCGCGCAGGUCCCUGCCAAUGGAAAUCGCGAGGGCGAAGGCGACGGUGCGGGAGACGCCGGCAGAAACGUGGAGAGGUGGAGGGAAGGGCUCAGUAGGAAUCGAGACCUCGGCGAUGCGCUCAAAGUUCUGCCGGUGAAAUCCCUAUCUUGUAAGCAAAUCGAGCGGCGGACAUGCAUUUCUUUGGAGGCAUUUAUACAUGAUUACUUUUUACGUGAGUCCCCUGUUAUACUCAGCGGCUGCAUUGAUCAUUGGCCUGCAAGGACAAAGUGGAAGGACAUAAAAUACCUAGAGAGGAUAGCUGGAGACCGCACUAUUCCUGUCGAGGUUGGAAAAAGUUAUGUUUGUAAUGAGUGGAGGCAGGACCUUAUCACAUUUUCACAGUUUCUUGAGAGAAUGUCGUCACCUGAUUGUUCUGCAAACUUGACGUAUCUAGCCCAGCAUCCAUUGUUUGACCAGAUAAAAGAGCUUCGUGAAGACAUAGUGGUUCCUGAGUACUGUUAUGCUGGCGGUGGGAAACUCCAAUCGCUCAAUGCUUGGUUUGGCCCUCAUGGGACUGUGACACCAUUGCAUCAUGACCCACAUCACAACCUUUUUGCUCAGGUCUUGGGCAGAAAGUAUAUUAGACUCUAUCAUGCUUCCAUCUCCGAGGAUUUGUACCCUCACAUGGAAACUAUGCUAAGCAAUACGAGCCAGGUAGAUCUUGACAACAUUGAUGUUAAGGAAUUCCCAAGGACAGAAGAUCUUGAAUUCAUGGACAACAUAUUGGAGGAAGGUGACCUGCUUUACAUACCACCAAAAUGGUGGCAUUACGUGAGAUCUCUUUCUACCAGUUUCUCUGUUAGCUUUUGGUGGCGCACGUCAAUUCUUCCUUCACAGGGUUCAUGA